UCGGGGCGGUUCAGACCCAGCGAUGAGAGCGCUCCAUUGAGAAAAAAAAAUCCCACUGGUGAGUUUUUCUAGUCGCAGAGCUGCAGGGGAUGAAGGGGACGACAUCUGCGUCAGGUUCAAUUCACUCUGCCACGAAACGUCACUGACCAAAUUGAAGACCCCUGCAACAUGGACGGCUUUUAUGACCAACAGGUGCCCUUCAUGGUCCCCGAGAGUAAGUGUCACUCAGAGGAAGCAGAGACGUGUCUCAGCGACAGGAAAAGGAAGUUUGUGGACACAGAGCUGGCUCAGGACACAGAGGAGCUUUUUCAAGAUCUGAGCCAGCUCCAAGAAAUCUGGAUUGCCGAAGCUCAGGUUCCCGACGACGAGCAGUUUGUCCCAGAUUUCCAGUCCAAUAACUUGAUGUUUCAUGGACCGCCUGUGGGCAAAGUGAAACGAGAGCCCAGUCCGUCCAAAGACCUGUCUCCUUGCAGAACGCCUCAAGCUGACAUGUGCCUUUACAGUUACAGUGCCUGUGACAACAAGCCAGCUCUGACUCCAUCCGCCACACCUGCAGCACAGUGUGGCUCCACCCAUCCGACUGGACCUCCGCCCUUACAGAGACAGCUACAGCCAUCUUCCCCCCAGCUGACCAGCGGCUGCAUCCCGCGCCACGUGCCGCCCAUGAGCCCCUCCCACCACCACAGCCUGACACCUGCCAGCCACAACCAGCAGUUUGCGCUGCCGCGUCCCCACGUCACCGGUCCCGGCGCAGCUUUCAGCGGGGAACAAAGGUUCCAGCGGCAGCUGUCAGAGCCCUGCUUGUCCUUCCUCCCUCCGGAGAAAAGGGCAAACUCGCCGUACCCCGCCCCGAGCCGCGACGGGCGCCCACUGUACCAGCGCCACCUCUCAGAGCCCCUGGUUCCCCACGGCCCCCGAGUUUUCAAACAGGAGCUGGUGGACCCGCGGUACACGGAGCGAGGGCCGCCGCCUGGCCCGGGUCUCGCCCAGCCCCGGACCACCUUCAACCAUGUCACGAUCAAGCAGGAGCCAAGAGACUUUGGCUUUGACUCAGAGGUUCAAACUUGCCAGUCGUCAUCGUUUGGGAAAACUUCUGUCUUGUACCAGAACAACAACAACAACAUCGGAUUUGGUCACGACAGAGAGCCACAUGUGUACUAUGACGACACUUGUGUUGUGCCAGAAAGACUCGAAGCAGGUAAAGUGAAACAGGAGGGUUUGCCAUACCAGCGCCGCGGCUCCCUGCAGCUCUGGCAGUUUCUGCUCACACUGCUGGACAACCCAGCUAACGGACACCUGAUCGUGUGGACGGGACGCAACAUGGAGUUUAAACUGAUUGACCCUGAGGAGGUGGCUCGGCUCUGGGGGAUUCAGAAAAAUAGACCGGCCAUGAACUACGACAAGCUGAGCCGCUCACUGAGGUACUACUACGAGAAGGGCAUCAUGCAGAAGGUAAAGGUGGCUGGGGAAAGGUACGUCUACAAGUUUGUGUGCAACUCCGAUGCGCUCUUCUCGAUGGCUUUUCCAGACAACCAGAGGCCGAGUCUGAAGGCAGAUCCGGACGCCAUCCCGCCCCCCAGCGAGGAGGACGGCCUCCCCAUGCCCAGCUUUGAGGAGGAGGGUCCUUACCUGGCUGACGGAGGGGAGCAGGGCACCCAGGGGCUGGCUUUCCCUGACGGCUACCUGUACUAGACUCAGCAGCCUGGAAGCUACAGGGAACGUGGGAUAAUUUAAACAAGAGGACCCUGAAAUUAACUGAGCAGCAUUUGAGUUUUUCAAAAUGUCCAUGUACAGUAUGUUUGGCAACAAAAAAAGGUGAAAUGAUGGGAUCAUUUUCUCAAUCAAACGUAAAUGUCUCUUAUGACAAAGCUUCAUUUGCUAAAUGAGAGAUCAGAGAAUCUCUGGAAACUGUUAAUUUGAGCAUAACAAAAGUUGGUUUCAUAUAUUAUAAUGGGUUUAAUGCCACUUCCAGCAAAACAAAAUUGUGUUCUUAAGGGAAGAAAGUUGAAAUAUUUAGGUAAAAAGUAAAAAUAUCAGUGAUAUUUUUAAGAUGAAGACAUAAUUAUACAAGAAACGGUCACAAUAUUUUAUAAAUAAAGUUUAUUUUUAUGACACCACAUAAAAUCACAGUAUAUGAAUAUAUCCAGUAUAUAUAAUGUAUACAUUUGCUAUUUUACUUUAACGCAUAAAAUGACGAAAAAGGCAAUAGAUAUAGAAAAGGCCUUAAUGUAGUAAAAAUGUAGGUUCGAUUUUUACUUGAUAACAAAUUAACUUUAUUAUCAGAUAAUUCAGAAUUGUGCAGAUCGUAGAAUAUUUCAUUUCUUUCCUUGUUGACAACAUGACUUGCAGCUGUUACCUAAUAUACUGCCUCCUUUACUUACGCUCACAAUAUUACGACUUUUCUCUCAAAAAUAUUGCACUUUUAUUCUCAAAAUCGACAUUUAUUUUCCUUUUUGCCCUGAAACUAGUGGUAACCCUGUAGCAUGGCCGUUGCUGUCCUCGCGCUUUGAACUCUGGGAACUCUGGCAUUUCAACCAAAAAGUAUCUAGAAGCCAUGACACUCCUCUGCCAACAGACCUGUCUUUGUUGUUCGGGUGAAACUCAAACUGCUUGAAAGGGACAAAUAUUUCAGUCCUCCUAUAAAAACAUGUAUAUUUGAAAUGUCUUUUGUGUAUGUUUUCUUGUUUUAAAAGCUAAUAUUUUUGGCCUUAUAUGGACUUCUAGUUCUUUCCUAUAACUGUUUUAAGACAAAGGUACUGCUACUAUUUUUUGAUUCUGUAAUACUGCCAGCUGAUGCUAAUGUCAAGCAUGGACUUUCUUACAAACGGCUCACCAGUUAAUGUACCGAGAUAGUUUCUGCAUUUUUUGUAUAACUGAUUUGCUUCAAUGUGUAGAAAAGGUGUAUAAUUACAUAUGAAUAUAUUUUUGCUAAAGGCUCCGUGUGCUUGACCUCGUACUAUGAGCUGCAGCAUUUUUCGCCUGCUAAUGUGUUGCAUCAAUGUCUCCGAGCUGUGAUGACUUGUUCCCUCUGAGUCCUGCAGAUGGAGACAGGAUGUGAUGGUGUGUGUUGCUGUAUGAAUGGGGGACAGGUGGUGGUGUAUGAGGAGAUAUGAUGACAGCUGGAGAAAGACACUGGUGUGACGUCUACCCUGUUACAGUUCGUGUGCCUUAUGUUAUGAUCUUUACUGACACAAUAAAACAUUUUACUCUU